UUAUUGCUUUGUUUAAGCAUUGAAAAAGCUUCCAAUCAACCGGAUAUAUUUAUUUUAGAAAGCAUUUGUUUUACACUAAAUUUAUUUUUCUCUGUUAUACAACCUUUUAUUUUCUUAUUUUUAUUUUUAUUAAUUUUUAGUGUAAUAUUUUUUAUUUUUAGUAAAUAAAAAUAUUUUUUGAAGUGAAAAUAAAUUAAUAAGAAAUAUUAAAAAUCCAACAAAAAAUGGCUUUUUCACCAACUCUAACCCGUUCGUAUUCUGUCACGAAAAUGAGCGAACUUGAACGUCGACCAGCUCCCUCGUUAGCCCGCUCAUCCUCCCUCUAUGAUGUCAACAAAUAUGAGCGUUCUCUUGAACGUUUUACCCCCGCACGUUCAUUUUUAGUUCACAAUGAUUCAACUCCUUUAUGGUCCCACACUUUCUAUAGAGACAUUGGAGAACAACCUCGUUAUUAUAGACCUUCCUAUUUGAUGGACAAUCAUUGGUGGGAUAAAUAUUAUUAUUUCUCUCCUCUCUAUAAAGGCACACAGCCAUAUAAACGACAUUAUGCUAGCCAUCACAUAACGUUCCCAUGCACUUGGAACACACCACACGUUUAUUGGGGACGUUCUAAAGGCUAUUGGUAUGAUUCAGACGAUGAUUACUCUCCUCUCUAUCGUCGCUUAUAUGACCCUCAUACCGGAGAUUCUCCCUAUCUUCAACGCUUCUGGAAACGUUACAAUUCACAUUUGUUAUACAACGAUGUUUAUUAG